GGAAAGCUAGAAACAUUGUGUUGAAACAAAUUAUGGGUGAUCAUGUGGAGGAGUUUAAAAGAAUUUUAGAUUAUAGAGAUGAGCUCUUAAAGACUAAUCCAGGCAGCACAUGUGUGGUGAGACUUAGUGAAGAAACUUUUGAAGGUGACAGAAAAAUGUUUCAAUCAUUUUACAUAUGCUUUGAUGCUUUAAAGAAGGCAUUCAAAGCUGGAGCUAGAAGAUGUAUAGGAUUUGAUGGUUGCUUCUUGAAAGGUGUUUCUAGAGGUCAAUUACUUGUGGCUGUUUGUAAGGAUGGGAACAACCAAAUGCUACCACUAGCAUGGGCAGUUGUUGAGGUUGAAAACACAUUCACUUGGAAAUGGUUUAUCAAGCUUGUAAGACAUGAUCUUGAGCUAGGAGAUGGAACAGAAUUGACAACCAUUACUGAUAUGCAGAAGGGUCUUGACAAAGCUAUUCAAGAUCUUCUGCCAAAUGCAGAACAAAGAAUGUGUGCAAGACAUGUUCUAGCCAACUGGUCUAAGAAUUAG